AUGAAGAUGCUAACUAAGUUUGAAUCUAAAUCUUCAAGAGCCAAGGGGGUUGCGUUCCAUCCUAAAAGGCCAUGGGUUUUGGUUUCUUUGCAUUCAUCAACCAUUCAAUUAUGGGAUUAUCGUAUGGGAACAUUGAUUGAUCGUUUUGAAGAUCACGAAGGUCCGGUCAGAUGUGUUGAUUUCCAUCCUACUCAGCCAUUGUUUGUGUCUGGUGGAGAUGACUAUUCAAUCAAAGUUUGGUCGCUUAACACGCGUAAAUGUAUCUUUACGUUGAACGGACACUUGGAUUAUAUUCGUACAGUUUCAUUUCACCGUGAUUUGCCGUGGAUUAUUUCGUGUUCGGACGAUCAGACCAUUAGAAUCUGGAACUGGCAAAACCGUCAGGAAAUCGCUUGUUUGACUGGACAUAACCACUAUGUGAUGUCGGCACAAUUCCACCCUAGUGAAGACUUGAUAGUUUCGGCCUCGUUGGAUCAAACGGUGAGAGUUUGGGAUAUUUCUGGGUUGAGGAAGAAGCAUUCUGCACCAACUUCGUCGAUGAGAUCAUUCGAAGACCAGUUACAAAGACAGCAGUUACCGCAACAAGAUAUCUUUGGGAACGUUAAUGCUAUUGUUAAGUAUGUAUUGGAAGGCCACGACAAGGGUGUCAAUUGGGCUGCGUUCCAUCCUACUUUGCCAUUAAUUGUUUCCGCCGGUGAUGACAGAUUGGUCAAGUUAUGGAGAAUGAGUGAUACUAAGGCCUGGGAAGUUGAUACUUGUAGAGGCCACACAGGUAAUGUGUUAUGUGCAACAUUCCACCCAAAUCAAGAUUUGAUCGUUUCGGUAUCUGAUGAUAAAACCAUUAGAGUUUGGGAUUUGAACAAGAGAACGCCUGUUAAGCAAUUUAGACGUGAACAUGACAGAUUUUGGCUAGUUGCAUCGCAUCCAAAGAUUAACUUGUUUGCAACCUGUCACGACUCAGGUGUCAUGGUAUUUAAAUUGGAAAGGGAAAGACCUGCCCAUGCAAUUUUUCAAAACAAAUUGUUCUACGUCAAUAAUGAGAAGCAAGUUCAAUGCUAUGAUUUCCAAAAGAAUGAAAAUUCAUUACCAAUGUUAUCAUUAAAGAAGAUUGGUAAGGCUUGGUCAUUCAUGAGAACCUUAUCCUACAAUCAAUCCGAUAAUUCGAUUUUAGUUACCCAUGGUGAAGGUGACGCUGGUAUGUACGCGUUGAUUGCUUUACCAAAACAUGUAACUGGUGCCAUCGAGCCUACUGAUGUUAGACAAGGUGAAGGUAAUUUUGCAUGUUUUAUUUCUCGUAACAGAUUCGUCAGCUUUGUUAAAUCUACGAAGAGUUUAAAUGUUAAAGAUUUAAAUAAUAAUGUUACCAAAAGCAUUCAAUUAGAUUCUUCUGUGAACGAUGUCUUAUAUGGAGGUGCUGGCCGUGUUUUGUUGGUAAAGAGUCACUCAGUUAUAAAUUACGAUGUUCAACAAAGAAAAGAAUUAUCAGAACUUAAUGUUAAUAACGUCAAAUACGUUUCCUGGUCCAAUGAUGGUCAAUAUUUAGCUUUAUUGUCUAAACAUACCAUCACUAUUGCCACUAAGGACUUAGAAUUGGUUACAUCGAUGCACGAAACAAUCAGAAUUAAGAGUGCUGCUUGGGACGACACAGGAGUCUUGUUAUAUUCUACCUUGAACCACAUUAAGUAUACUUUAUUGAACGGUGAUAAUGGUAUUAUCAAAACUUUAGAAAAUACCUUGUAUAUCACUAGAGUAGCCCAAAAACAAAUUUAUUGUUUAGAUCGUGCUGGCCAAGUUCAAGUUGUUACUAUUGAUCCUACUGAAUAUAGAUUUAAGAAAUCAUUAGUGAACAAGAACUUCAACGAAGUCUUAAGAAUCAUCAAGAACUCUAACCUAGUUGGUCAAAACAUUAUUGCCUACUUACAGAAGAAGGGAUACCCAGAAGUUGCAUUGCAAUUCGUCGAAGAUCCUGAAACCAGGUUUGAAUUAGCUUUAGAGUGCGGUAACUUACAGGUGGCUUUAGAACAAGCUAAGACAUUGAACAAUAACAGUAUUUGGGAAAAGUUAGGUGAUGAAGCCUUGAACCAGGGUAAUGUUGAAAUUGUUGAAUUAGUUUAUCAACAAUUACAUUUAUUUGAUAAAUUGUCAUUCCUUUACUUGUACAAGGGUGAUGGUGAAAGAUUGAAUAAAAUGGCAACGAUCGCUGAACAUCGUGGUGAUUACUCAUCCUUAAUACAAAAUACCUUCUAUAACAACGAUAUCAAAAAGAGAUGCCAGGUUUAUAUUCAAGGUGGGAUGUUACCAUUGGCUUAUACAUUAGCUAAAUCUAAUGGUCUCACUGAAUUGGCGGAACAGAUUUUGCAAGAAGCUGGUGUUGAAGAAAAGGACGUUGAGCUACCAGAACUUGGUCAAUCUGUGCCAUUACCGGAACCUUUGAGUGAACCAGUUGGCAACUGGCCGAUGAAAGAAUCUUCAUUAUCUUUCUUUGAGAAUGCUUUAAUAACUGGUCAAGUUGAGAACUUAUCCAUCGAGGAUGACGCUGAAGAGAAAUUCCAAGAAUCAACUAAUGCGUUAGACAUUGUUGAUGAUGACAUGGAAGAAGAAGGUGAAGAAGACGAAGGUGCUUGGGAUUUGGAUGAUGAGGAGUUGGACAUUGAUGAUGAAGUUGUUGAAGCUACCCCAGGAAUUGAACUUGAUGAUUCAUUGAAGUCCGCAGCAACAGAAGGUGAGAUUGGUUACUGGCUUCGUAAUGCAAAGACACCAGCUGGCUAUGUUGCAGCUGGUGCAUUCGAACAAGCCGCAUCUAUGUUACAUAAACAACUAGGGGUUGUUGACUUUGAACCUUUACGUAAGCGUUUCUUAGAAGUUUUCCAAGCUUCCAAAUUGUACUUACCGGGUGUUGACGAUUUACCAUCAAUGAAAACCUUUAUCAGAGCUGAUAACGACGAAGAUAAUCCAAAUAAGUUUGCACCAUAUGUCCCAGGAUUCGAAAACUUGGAAGACAGACUUGCGCUUGGAUUUAAACAGUUCAAGGCUAACAACUUAGAAAGUGCUAUAAGCACUUUCAGAGAUAUCAUUUAUACAAUCGCCGUUAUAACUGUCGAGGAUGAACAGCAAGAAGCAAAAUGUACAGAUGUAUUGACUGUCUGUCGUGAAUAUAUCUUAGGUUUAUCCAUUGAGUUGGCGCGUCGUACUUUGGACCCAUCUGAAGUCAAACGUAACUUAGAAUUGGCUGCCUAUUUCACCAGAGCAAAGCUCCAAAGCCCACAUAGGAUUAAUGCAUUGCAAGUGGCAAUGACUCAAUCUUUCAAGAAUAAGAACUUUGCAAGUGCAUCUUACUUUGCAAGUGAACUCUUAUCGAUUUCAUCUACAGGCCAAAGAGCUGAGCAAGCUCAAAAGUUGAAAGCCAAGGCCGACUCAGUUUCCAGUGAUGCAAUUGAAAUUGAUUUUGAUCCAUAUGCUGAAUUUGAUAUAUGUGCUGCCACCUUCACACCAAUCUACAAAGGAUCAUCAUCUGUUACCGAAGCUUUAGUUGGUGCUAAAUAUCACCCUGAAGAACAAGGUAAUAUAUGUAAAAUAACUGGCAUUACUGCUAUUGGUGCACAAGCUUCUGGUUUACGUAUCAGAGGAUAA